AACCCUUAUGCUUUGUCUUCUUACACAGUAUCUAAUUUGUAAUAAAUUCUCGGGCAAAGCGCCCAUAAAACAUCCUCUGACGUUACGUUACUUUUCUCUUCAGCAUCGUAUUUCCUUUCCCUAACCGGCCGGCAUAGACUAGUUUCAACUUCCCUGCAUAAUCUUCUUCUUCACUUCCCCUUCUUACAACAACCCCAACAAAGAACACAGGGGGGCGAAUUCCUCGUAGAACCCAAACCCUGAAAAUGCUUGUUCCCACUUCACCUCAACCCUAAACCGCUCCCCCCUCCCCAAAUCCCCAAAUCGUAUCAUUACUUCUUAGAAAAAGGCUCAAGGAAAGAAACCGGAGAAUUGGUCUGAGCAGAGUGUCAAAAGCAUCGACUAUGACGACGACUACGACCAACCUUGGAGCGGGCAGCGAGGACCGGGUCAUGGCGACGGCUCAGCAGAUCUUGAAGAGUCUCAACACUCCGAAAGAGGUUCGUGAAGACAUGCUGUUGAUCUUCUCCAGCUUUGAUAACCGCUUGUCUAACAUCACUGAUUUAAUCAACGAAAACUCGGAUAGCGCUGGCGUCCGCUUCGACGCUGCCGAGAAAGUGAUUCUCCAGUGGGACUCUUCCUCUUCCUCCUCCAACGCUGAUGCUUCUCGCCACUCUCUCCCCUGGGAAGACUCUCCCGAUGAAGCCGCCGAGUACCUCUCUGCGGUCGACGAAAUCCUUCAUUUGGUUGCUGAUAUGUCCAUCCGGUCCGAUAACAAAAUCAUGGACCGGGCGGAGACGGCUAUUCAGAUGGCUAUGUCGAGGCUGGAAGACGAGUUUCGCCUUGUUUUGAUUAGGAACACAGUCCCGCUUGAUUCGGAGAGGCUUUACGGUUCGAUCCGGAGGGUUUCCCUUUCAUUCGCAGCGAACGACGGGGAAAUUGGUGAAGAAUUCGAGAGUUUCGCAGAGGUUGAUAGCGAAAGAGGGUGCUUUCACGAGCGAGGACCGAGUUUCGGCGAUGAUUUAUGCGUGGUUUUGAUAAACCCUGAUGCUGUUAUGGAAUUGAAAGAGAUUGCUGACCGGAUGAUCAAUGCCGGGUACGAAAAAGAGUGCGUUCAAGCUUAUAGUAAUGUUAGGCGUGAUGCUUUGGAUGAGUGUUUGGUGAUUCUCGGAGUUGAGAAGUUAAGUAUUGAGGAAGUUCAAAAGAUUGAAUGGAAAGCUUUGGAUGAAAAGAUGAAGAAAUGGAUUCAGGCUGUUAAGAUUACUGUUAGGGUUCUUUUGAAUGGGGAAAAGAGGCUUUGUGAUCAAAUUUUCAAUGGAUCGAAUUCAAUUAAAGAGAUUUGUUUUAAUGAAACCGCGAAAGGGUGUGUAAUGCAGUUGUUGAAUUUCGGGGAAGCAGUGGCUAUUGGGAAAAGAUCAUCUGAGAAGCUGUUUAGGAUCCUGGAUAUGUAUGAUGUGUUAGCAGAUGCAUUGCUCGAGUUCGAGAUGAUGUUCAUGGAUGAAUAUAUGUGUACAGAGGCGAAGGGAGUGUUGGCUGGAUUAGGGGAUGCGGCGAAAGGGACAUUUUUGGAGUUUGAGAAUGCUGUGAAGAAUGAGGCUUCAAAAAAACCUAUGCAGAACGGGGAGAUUCAUCCGCUUACUCGUUAUGUGAUGAACUAUGUGAAACUGCUUGUAGAUUAUAGUGAGACUUUGAAUUCCUUAUUGGAGAAUGACGAGGAUGAAGCGGACGGAUUGAAGAGUGAAGACGGUGAGCUAGAGAUGAUGACUCCUUUUGCGAAACGGUUGCUGUUGUUGAUAUCCUCUUUGGAAUCAAAUCUUGAGGAGAAAUCAAAACUAUACGAGGAUGGUGCAUUACAUUGUAUCUUUCUGAUGAAUAAUAAUCUAUAUAUAGUGCAAAAGGUGAAGGAUUCGGAGCUAAGAAAGCUUUUGGGAGACAACUGGGUUCGUAAGCGGCGUGGCUCAAUACGCCAGUAUGCAACAAGUUAUCUGAGGACUUGUUGGACCAAAGCUUUACAUUGUUUGAAAGAUGAAGGAAUUGGUGGUAGCUCGAACAAUGCCUCCAAGGUAGCCUUGAAGGAAAGAUUUAAGAGCUUCAAUGCAUGUUUUGAGGACAUAUAUAGGGUUCAGACAGGUUGGAAGGUCCCAGAUCCUCAACUUCGUGAAGAGCUUCGAAUUUCCAUAUCAGAGAAAGUAAUUCCAGCUUAUCGCUCCUUCAUGGGGAGGUUCGGGAGUCAGCUAGAGAGUGGAAGGCAUGCUGGAAAAUACAUUAAGUAUACACCAGAGGAUUUAGAAAACUAUCUAUUGGAUUUGUUUGAAGGCUCACCUCUUGUUCUUCACCAUAUGAGAAGAAAGAGUACAUAGGAUACAAAGUUUCUCAAUGCAGGUAUGACCCUUCCGCUCAUCGAGGACUAAUCAGAGCAAGAGUUUUACCUAUAUAUGUAUUUUUUUUUAAUCAGUUUGAUGUUUUAAACACAGGUUUUGUGAAAGCUACUUGUCACCCCUUUACAAACUGUAUCUGUACAUGUUUAUAGUUUAUGUGUGGAUUUUCUUGUGGUUCAUAUAUUUUAUUUCAUGAAUCACCAUUACCAUUGUGGCAA